AAAGAAGGAAAUAAGUUGGACAUAUUGUAUAUAUGGGUUUUUUUAUGUGAUCGAAAUUUCAUCUUGCAAAUGGGUUUCCUCCAUUUUUCAUGAGAUUGUACCAUGGAAUAGCUUUUGCACCAGAGUCUUUUUGCUGCUAGUUUCAUAAAUUAGCUAAUCUGCAAAGAAAAGAAGGCUGAAAAGUGAUGAUGGAGAAUCUGUGGACUCUAUUUUGUGGGCAAUCUAAUUGUUCAAAUAUCAGUACCACUACUGAGCCUUGUGCUCCUCACUUAGUGUUUGUCACUCAUCCUUCUUCGUGUGUCAAUCAUGCCUUUAUUAUUUGUUUUGAUACAGUGCUUCUAGCAAUGCUUCUAUUUAACAUCAUUUGCAAAGUGUCCUCCAAGAGAGUCGAGAUACCGGCUCGUCAUUCUCGCUUUUCAACCUUGCAGAAAGUAUCUGCUGUUUUUAAUGGCUGUCUUGGACUGGUUUACAUAGGCUUAGGAAUUCUGAUUUUGGAGAAGAAGUUGAGAAGUAGUCAUUCUGCUUCACCAAUUCAUUGGUGGGUUUUAUUUUUCUUUCAAGGAGUUACAUGGUUGUUGGUAGGAUUUAGUAGUCUUAGAGGAGAGUACUUCCCAAGAGCUUCAUCGCGAAUCUUGUCCAUCUUUGCUUUCCUCUCUGCUGGAAUUUUCUGCUCUAUAGCUCUUUUUGCUGCCAUAGUUAACCACGAAACAACAAUUAAAGUGGCCCUGGAUCUUCUGUCUAUCCUAGGAGCAAGUUUGCUAUUAAUAUGUACUUACAAGGGGUACAAAAAUGAACAAAAUAGGGAGACUAACAAUGGAAAUACUCUCUACACUCCUCUGAAUGAUGGAGCUAAUGGAAACUCUAAAAUUGAUUCAGCAGCCCAAAUCUGUACAUUUUCCAGAGCUGGGUUGCUUAGUAGGUUGACAUUCUGGUGGUUGAAUCCUUUGAUGAAAGUUGGUAAGCUAAAGACUCUUGAGGAAGAGGACAUUCCUAAAUUAGGGGACGCCGAAAGAGCAGAAUUUUGUUACUUGCAGUUCAUUGACCAGUUAGAUAAACGGAAACAGAAUGACACGUCUUCACAAUCCUCAGUAUUGUGGACUAUUGUUGCAUGCCAUCGUAAUGAUAUAUUGCUCUCUGGGUUAUUUGCUCUUUUGAAAAUACUUACCCUAUCCAGUGGACCACUUCUGCUGAAUGCCUUUAUUGAGGUUGCUGAGGGUAACGAAGCCUUCGAAUAUGAAGGCUAUCUUUUGGCCAUUUCACUUUUCAUUUCUAAGAGCUUAGAAUCUUUGUCACAGAGACAGUGGUACUUCAGAAGCAGAUUGAUUGGCCUUAGAGUCAGGUCUAUGCUGACUGCAGCAAUUUACAGGAAGCAACUAAGACUAUCCAAUGCUUCCAGGAUGAAGCAUUCUGGUGGUGAGAUAAUGAAUUAUGUCACUGUUGAUGCCUACAGGAUUGGCGAGUUUCCUUUUUGGUUUCAUCAGACAUGGACUACAAGCCUUCAGCUUUGCAUUGCACUAUGUAUUUUGGUACAUGCAGUAGGACUUGCAACAGUUGCAGCUCUAACAGUGAUUGUUUUAACCGUUUUCUGCAAUACCCCCCUCGCGAAAUUACAACAUGAGUUCCAAAACAAACUUAUGGUAGCUCAAGAUGCAAGGCUGAAGGCUUGCUCUGAGGCACUUGUGAACAUGAAGGUGCUGAAACUGUAUGCAUGGGAGAAUCAUUUCAAGGAUGUAAUAGAGGGAUUAAGGAAAGUGGAAAUUAAAUGGUUAUCAGCAGUGCAAUUGCGGAAGGCAUACAAUAGUUUUCUUUUUUGGUCAUCCCCUGUAAUGGUCUCUGCUGCCACAUUUGGGGCAUGUUAUUUCCUCAAAGUUCCUCUAAAUGCCAGCAAUGUUUUCACUUUCGUGGCAACAUUGCGUCUUGUGCAGGAACCUAUCAGAUCAAUCCCUGAUGUCAUUACUGUGGUGAUUCAAGCAGGGGUUGCUUUUACACGUAUUGUGAAAUUUCUUCAGGCACCAGAGCUUCAGAAUGAGAAUGUCAAAAACAAGAGCAGAAUGGACAGCUUAGACAAUACUAUUUUGAUAAGGUCUGCAAACCUUUCCUGGGAAAUGAAUCCAUCUAAACCAACACUAAGGAAUAUAAAUUUAGAUAUUCAACCUGGUGAAAAGGUUGCGAUAUGCGGAGAAGUUGGCUCAGGCAAAUCAACAUUACUAGCAGCUAUUCUUGGUGAAGUACCAUAUGUAGAGGGAACUGUUGAAGUUUCGGGGACGAUUGCUUAUGUAUCCCAGACAGCUUGGAUCCAAACAGGGUCAAUUCGUGAUAACAUUCUUUUUGGGUCUGGCAUGGAUGAGUUAAAGUACCAAGAAACACUUCGAAGGUGUUCAUUGGUGAAGGACCUUGAGCUACUUCCUUUCGCUGACAUGACAGAAAUAGGGGAAAGAGGAGUUAAUCUAAGUGGUGGUCAAAAGCAACGGAUCCAACUUGCUCGUGCAUUGUACCAAGAUGCUGACAUAUAUCUUUUGGAUGAUCCAUUUAGUGCUGUUGAUGCACAUACCGCAACUAGCCUCUUCAAAGAGUACAUUUUGGAAGGUCUCUCUGGAAAGACUGUCUUACUUGUGACACAUCAAGUUGAUUUUCUUCCUGCCUUCCACUGUUGCUUGUUGAUGGCAGAUGGGCAGAUCCUUCAAUCAGGGUCUUAUCAUGAGUUAUUAGCCUCAAGUCAAGAAUUUUUGGACCUUGUAAAUGCACACAAAGAGACUGCUGGUACCGAAGGGCUACCUGAGGUUAGGACAUCUGGAAGACACAACAACCCUGCAAAGGAAAUCAAGAGAACCAAUGUUGAGAAGCAAAACAAAGCACCAGAAGGUGAUCAAUUAAUUAAACGAGAGGAAAGAGAAGCGGGAGAUACUGGUCUUAAGCCAUACUUACUUUACCUAAAUCAGAACAAAGGCUACUUGUACCUUUCUAUAGCUGCUCUGUGUCAUUUCACCUUUGUUACAGGCCAGAUAUUACAGAACACUUGGAUGGCCUCCAGUGUUGAUAAUCCUCAUGUUAGCACGGGAAAAUUGAUUGUGGUUUACCUUAUCAUUGGAGCCUGCUCAACAUGCUUUUUACUCUUUAGAUCUCUUGCUGUUGUUACACUGGGAAUGAAAGCAUCAGAAUCUUUAUUUUCUCGGUUAUUAAGUUCUCUCUUUCGUGCUCCAAUGACUUUCUACGACUCUACACCUCUUGGAAGGAUUUUAACUCGGGUCUCGUCCGAUCUGAGCAUUGUUGAUCUUGACGUUCCUUUCAGUCUUUUAUUUGCAAUAGGCGCUACUACGAAUGCAUAUGCUAGUCUUGGAGUGCUGGCAGUGAUUACUUGGCAAGUCUUGUUUGUCUCCAUACCAGUCAUUUACAUGGCAGUACAAUUGCAGAGAUACUAUUUUGCGACAGCGAAAGAGUUGAUGAGAAUCAAUGGCACAACAAAGUCUUUCGUUGCAAACCAUUUAGCUGAAUCAAUAGCUGGAGCCAUGACAAUUAGAGCUUUCAGGGAGGAAGAACGAUUCUUUGCUAAAAAUCUUGAUAUAAUUGAUACAAAUGCAAGCCCAUUCUUUCACAAUUUUGCAGCUAAUGAAUGGCUGAUUCAAAGGCUUGAGACUCUCAGUGCCACUGUUCUUGCAACAGCAGCCUUGUGUAUGGUUUUGCUUCCUACUGGAACUUUUAGCUCUGGGUUCGUUGGAAUGGCGCUAUCGUAUGGUCUAUCGUUAAAUAUGUCUCUGGUUUUUUCUAUUCAAAAUCAGUGCACAUUAGCCAACUAUAUUAUAGGUGUGGAGAGGCUUGAUCAAUACAUGUAUAUACCCAGUGAAGCUCCAGAGAUCAUUGAAGACUGUCGCCCUCCACAGAACUGGCCCACAGUCGGUAAAGUGGAAAUAAGCAAUCUGCAGAUAAGAUACAGAUCAGAUACACCAUUAGUUCUUAAAGGAAUCAGUUGCACAUUUGAAGGGGGAGACAGAAUUGGUAUUGUUGGUAGGACUGGCAGUGGAAAAACUACCCUAAUAGGGGCAUUGUUUCGCCUUGUGGAACCGGUAGGAGGGAAUAUUAUAGUCGAUGGCAUCGAUAUAGGUUCAAUCGGACUUCACGAUCUAAGGUCACGUUUUGGGAUUAUUCCUCAAGAUCCUACUCUUUUCAAUGGCACUGUACGAUUCAACUUGGAUCCAUUAAAUCAGCAUAAUGAUGAUGAAAUCUGGGAGGUGCUUGAGAAAUGUCAGCUUAAAGAGGCCGUCCAAGAGAAAGAUCAGGGCCUGGAUUCCCUAGUUAUGGACGAUGGAGCAAAUUGGAGUAUGGGACAACGGCAACUAUUUUGUCUAGGCCGUGCUUUAUUGAGAAGAAGCAGGGUAUUGGUGCUUGAUGAAGCAACUGCAUCAAUUGAUAAUGCAACUGACACCAUUCUGCAAAGAACAAUACGAACAGAAUUUGUUAAUUGCACCGUGAUCACAGUAGCCCACAGAAUACCAACCGUGAUGGAUUGCACAAAGGUCCUUGCCAUUGGUGAUGGACAAUUAGUGGAAUAUGAUGAGCCAAUGAAUCUCAUGAAGAAGGAAGGUUCUUUAUUUGCCCAACUUGUGAAGGAAUAUUGGUCUCAUUUCCAAUCUGCAGAUCAGUCAUAUUGAACAAAGGGCAGCAGCAACACAUACUUCAUCUUACUACUUUGAUUAUGAAGAUACACGUCACAUAUAUUUUGGCCUCGAUUCAUUUUUCAAGAAAUCAUAUUACAAAUUCUGACUCUUGUACAUAUUGGAGCUUGGUAUAUGUUAAUUAUAUGAUAGGGCACUCUUUUAGAUGAUGUAGUAAAUGCCAUGAUCAGAAACUUUCGACAGUCGAAAAGAUGAGAUUUUACAUAUUGAAAUUGAUUUAUGAUUCUCUA